AUCUUUUUCACCUUACACUCCCGUGUUGCUUAUCUAUUGUCAUUGUAUUUGCGGGUUUCUCUCAUCAUGUCCUGCAACUAACUAGGGUUUUCCUCCAUGAACUCUCACAUCCAAUAGUAAAUUCCCAAAACUUCUCUUCUGGUCGCAUGCUUCUUUUUCACUUGCAUUAUUAAAGACUUAGGGAUCGUGAAAGAGCCUUAAUUCCACAAGAGAGAAAAAAGCAAUCAAGUUUGACUUUUGGUUGCAGUGAUCAAGAUCGUCACAUGGCUUCUUCUAGCUACUCAAACUCUCCCUGUGCUGCCUGCAAGUUUUUGAGAAGGAAGUGCAUGCCGGAUUGCAUUUUUGCCCCAUAUUUCCCACCAGAAGAGCCUCACAAGUUUUCCAAUGUUCACAAGAUAUUUGGUGCAAGCAACGUGAGUAAGCUUCUCAAUGAAGUCCAACCCCAUCAAAGAGAGGAUGCAGUGAACUCUUUAGCUUAUGAAGCCGAGGCACGGAUUAAAGAUCCAGUUUAUGGCUGUGUUGGAGCCAUUUCAGUGCUCCAAAGGCAAGUGCUUAGGCUCCAAAAGGAACUUGAUGCAACAAAUGCAGAUUUGAUUCGCUUUACAUGCAGUGAAAUGGAAACUACUCAAGAUGGAAGAAGGAUUGGUGAAGGGGGAGGUUCUUCCCUUGGUCAAUCUCCAGGGUUUUAUUAUCCUUAUGCUUGGAACAAUGAUCCACUUGGGGAUGGUUUUCAAAGAGGAGGUGACAAUAAUAUGUGAUCUUCAACCUUCUUAUAACCCGUUUGGUUUACUUUUAGGAAGUAUAAAAAUGAGAAAACAUCACAUGAUAUACUUUUUGUUGACAUACUUCAAUAAAAAGUGCAUUGCAAUGUGUUAUUUGCUCAUUAUAUACUUUUUAAUAGUAAAUCAGACGAACUCCGAGUCCAUCUGCAUAUCACGAAAAUUUUCGUAUUAAUCUCUUAAGGGCUUCUUAUUGUAUAGUCUUUAAGAGAUGAAGUGGGUGAGUCUGUAUAUAAUCCAUCUAUCUACAUAUCCAUCUAUCCAUAUAUACAUAUAUAUAUUUGUAGGAAAAUAAUAUAACACUCAAAUUCCACUUCACACCCAGAGAGGUAAAAAUAUAUAGGAGAGAAAUGAAAGAUGCAGUGAAUCAUGUGAUAAAAAAGAGAAAAUAAGAAAAAAAAGUGGAUGUGAAUGUAUCAAAACUUAAAUUUGUAUUGUGUGGUUCUAAAGGUAUAUGAAUAAAAUAUAAAUAUUGUGA